AAAAAUGUAAAAAUCUUGUAGGCCCAUUUCUUGAUCGAUCGCUAUACUUUCCCUCUGUUAUAUGGGAAAUUAAUAAAAGAAUUUUUAUAACAGUUGAUUAAGCACUAAUCAAUUUUUCUGCUGUAGACUUGAUGUUGCUGCUGCUCAACGUAGGAAACCACUAGCUGUUACUUUUCCUUAUUUUAUUACCAGCAUGACUAUGUUACAGUUCCUUAUAAUGAUUAUAAUUUCGUCAUCUGGUGGUAUAGCGCCUGUUGGACUUCAUCCAGUUGUUGAGUUUUUGCUUGAUGUGGAUACUUUUAGCGGUCAUCAACCCAUAGAUUAUUGGCACACUCCUAAUAUGUGGAUUGGACCUUCAAAAAGAAGUUUAAUAAAACACGGCGCUGUGUAUACACCUUGCAUGAGAAAGGAUGCUACUAUCAUCCACGAUCUAUUGAAACAAGGAUUUUCUGUAUCUGAUCCUCUUGGAUGUUGCUACAACGAUUUAAGGAAAAUAGCAGCGACAACAACCGAGAACGAGUGUAAAUAUUUAAGUGACGACGGUGCAACAUGGGAUGUAACAAGAUGUACUUCUGUUAUAUACUCCCGUAUGAAGCACGUGCUAAAACCAUGCUGCUACGGUUUACUAGGUAAAUGCUUUCUUACUAAUGAAAUCGAAUGCCAAUUCUUGCAUGGAAGAUGGCAUCCACAUAAAGAUCACUGCAUGGAGGUGAACUGUUUUGCAUCAUUUUGUGGUUCUUUCGGAAUUACUUAUCCUGAAAAGGGAAUCUCUUUCAUACCAACCGGCAUUAGACAAAGUUGGAGAUUUAUACUACCGGUUUUCUAUCACGCGGGAUUUAUACAUUAUUUUCUGGUUUCAAUUUUGCAAUGGAUUAUCGGAAGGCCACUGGAAGAAAUGAUUGGUUGCGUUAGAAUUGGUUUAAUUUAUAUCCUGUCAUCGUUCGGUGGUAAUCUAGUAAGUAUUUUUAAGCUUUAAAUAAGAAAUUAGUUU